AUGGGCCUAUUCGACCACACGCGCAUCCACGAGAGCGGCCUUGACCGCACUCCCGACACACCCACCACAUCCAACACAUCCACCGUGCACACCCCCACCCUCGUUCCAUCCGUCCGCGCCACCACCACCACCACCACCACCACCACCACCACCACCACCACCACCACCACCACCACCACCACCACCACCACACACCAACACUCAUCCUCCGCAAGCACCAAACUGCCACCUCCCACGCAAGUGGGAAAUGUGUAA